UAAAUUCUACAAAAAAGGAAAAUAUAAUUUCUUUUCUUCUCAUUUUCCUCUUUUAAUUUCUUUCCAUUUACAUGUGUAAUUCGCACCAAACAGAGAAUAAGAGAGUUCCAACAAAACUCAGAAAACAGCGUAACCUCUAAUUGUUGAAUCAUUAGAGCCAAACAAAAAUAAAAAUAAAAAUAAAAAUAAAAAUUCCACUAUAAUAAUAAUAGCAUUCCCUCUUUUCCACCAUUCAAUCUUCCUCCGCUUUUCUCGUUCUUCUUUGAUACAGAUUCUCCACUACUUCUAUUACUCAUCGAUCUUUAUAUCUUUUCCCUUCUCUUCUUGACUCUUCACUGUACUCUUUCUAACAAGACUUUUUCUUUAUAUUUCAACUAUUCAUUCAUACAUUUCUUGUUUGACGCUUUUGUUCAUCUGGGUACCUUGGGAGAUCAAAAACCUCAGUGAUAACAAUGCGAGGAGCAAGUUCAAUUAAUCCUGAAGGAGAAAUCAAAAUAAGUUUCGGCUAUCACUGCAAUGGCCAUGGUGACAGUUCUUGGAUGCUUCCGGAUGGGCAUGAAAACCCUCAGAGCACUAAACUCCCUAGGAACAGCAGUUUCUCUUGCUUGUCUGGUGCUGCCUUAAGUGCUAAUGCCACAUUGGCCAAUACCAAUAUCUGCAAUGGUGUGAUAGGAGCAGAAAUACUUCCCAGCUUGGACUCCCCUAAUUCAUUCCGAAAAGUUCCCUCUUCACCAACUCUUUCAAGGUUGGACAUGUUACCAUCUUCUCUUCAAAGCAGUAUGUCAUACUUAAGUUGCACUCCAUCCACUCCGAGUCCACCUGAUUAUGAUUCUUAUUUGAAACCCAUGAGUGCUCCUUCAAAAAGUGACAGCUUUCUUAAUGCCAUGGAAGUUCAGGUGGCUGGUGGAGCUGCUGGAGAAGACAGGGUUCAAGCUGUCUGUUCUGAAGAAAAUGGGUGGCUCUUUUGUGCAAUUUAUGAUGGGUUUAAUGGAAGAGACGCAGCAGAUUUUUUGGCUGGAACACUGUACGAAACCAUCAUAUUUCAUACAAACUCUUUAGACUGGGAAUCAAAGCAGGAUGUUGUUACAGCUUCCAAUGGUUUGUGCUUGGGUGGAUCCAUUCAAUGUGCUUUUGAGGGUGGCAGCCAUAGCCCAGGGGAAAAAACUCAUUCAGGAGGGUAUAACAAGGACUCAAGUCUCGACAGAUUUGCCAAGGAUGGCAUAUGCUCUAAGCUGGAAACUUCAUCUGACUCGUUUAGACAUGAAGUACUCGAUAGCCUCCAAAGGGCUCUUAGUCAGGCUGAGAAUGAUUUCUUAAACAUGGUAGAGCAGGAAAUGGAGGAUCGUCCUGAUUUAGUUUCUGUAGGAUCAUGUGUCUUGGUUGUUCUUCUUCAUGGAACAGAUUUGUACACCUUGAAUUUGGGUGAUAGCAGGGCUGUAUUGGCAACAUACAACGGAGACAAUGAAGUAAAUCGGUAUGAGCAACUAAAAGCUGUCCAGCUCACUGAUUGUCACACUGUUGACAAUGAAAUUGAAAGAACUACUUUAUGUAGUGAGCACCCUGAUGACCCUGCAACAGUACUUGGUGGAAAAGUGAAAGGAAAAUUGAAGGUCACUCGAGCUUUUGGAGUUGGGUAUUUAAAAAAGAAAAACCUAAAUGAUGCACUGAUGGGCAUUCUACAAGUUCGAAAUCUCAUAAGUCCUCCAUAUAUUUCAACUCAACCAUCAUUGAAUGUGCAUAAAAUAUCCAAGUACGAUCACUUUGUCAUAGUAGCUAGUGACGGAUUAUUUGAUUUCUUCAGCAAUGAUGAAGCAGUAAAGCUUGUAAAUUCUUUUAUCUUGAGCAAUCCUACUGGUGAUCCAGCAAAGUUUCUGUUAGAGCAGCUUGUAGCAAGAGCUGCAGAUUGUGCAGGUUUCAGUAUGGAAGAAUUGAUGAAUAUACCUGCUGGUAGGAGGAGGAAAUAUCAUGAUGAUGUGACUGUAAUUGUUAUUGUUCUUGGAACAAAGCAGCGCACUUCAAAGGCAUCAAUGUACAUGUAAGUUCUUAUGUGUUUUUUCUCCACCUUAAGGGGUAUGGUUACAUAUGUAUAGGUUUCAAAUUGUAAAUAUUUGAUAUUAGUCUCAUUAUCAGUACGGAAAUCAGCAAUUUUGUUAUGACAUCAAAUUAUUUCAAGUGUUUAUGUAAAUAGAUGCGUGGAAUAUUUUUCUUUUAAUAAAACCAGCAGGAGGUAUUUCUAGCAAA